CCAACCGCGCGCCCCACGCGGACGGCCGCGCCUACCGUCCUCCCGCGACGCUGACUUCGCCGGACGUGCCGCUCUCGCGUGUGCUAUGACUAUGGUGUUGUGUUCGCGCUCCUUACUAUAGUGCUCCUCUUAUAGUAUUGACGAGUGAAUCUUCGCUCAAGCAUGCUGAUGGUUCAGACUAACGCGCAACCCAUGAAGACCACCAAGUUGAAAGGUCCCCCGCCUGUGCCUCCGCGACCUAAGCAAAGUGUGGUCGCGGAGGCGCUCGCUAAGACGAGGAAGGCCGUCGCCGAGUCGAAGGCCAACUUUUCUAAGACUCAUGUGACGCCUAAAGAUGAGCGGUCCCCGAGAUCCAAAACUUUGGAUAGAACUAUGCAACCGUCGGUGUCACCAAAACAGAAUGGUUUAGCACGCGUUAAAUCAUUCAUCAGAGACGUUAUUAGCGAUCGGAGCUCUUCGUCUGACGAGAAAAAAUCUAGCGGUCAAAAUUCCAGGAGGAGCUCAAGCGACAGUAGUACGGCACUCAAAAAAUCAUCAAAUGAGUCUCUCAACUCCAAAGCGGUCAAGACUUGUAAACAAAUAUUAGUGCGAUCUCUUUCCACAUCCAAUAAAUUAGAUCAAGAUACCAAAUGUAAAGUAUCAAAGUCAUCUAGCUUUGGAGAAAAGACUUUACCUUUACGGAAAGCACCUCCUCCCCCAUUGUCUCCAAAGCCGAAAGUGAAACCCAUGAGACCUUUGCCAUUAUAUAGAUCUUUAGAGAGAAGGAAACCCAAAGCGCCAUUGUCACCUGAAGUAAGUCCGUAUGCAUCCCCUGUGGAUGCGAAGCCACCACAAAGUCCACAGUCUGAAGCGCCUUACGCUACUGUAGAAGAAGUUCAGGAAUUUGACGACAGAUUACGAAACAGCCCAUCGAAGCAAGUCAACAACCUCGCUAAUACUCAUACCGCUCGUGACACACCUAAAUGUGACGAAACUGUAAAUAAAAAUAACAAUUCACUAGAACGUAAAACCUCUAGAGUCACGGAGAUGCUAAUUUCGGAAAUCCUCGCGAGUAGAAACAAUAACAAAGACAACGCACACACAGUUAUAGACAAGGGCAAGGAUUCCGAGAAACUUACUAAUGGAAAUGUCUCACCGGAGAUUGAAAUGAUGAAGGAUAUGAACAAUCACGAAAUGUUGAUAUACGAAUUGCAAACCAUGCGGUCGCACUCAAAUGUGCCUGAGAGCUUAGACUAUCCUAUAGACGAGCCAGCCAGGGAAAUAUCGCCCGAGGAGAGAAAUGGCCAUUGCGAUUCGGAAGACUUCAAUUAUGACGCGGUUCCCUCGGAGGAAAGUGGGAACACCGACGACGGCAACGACCAAGCUUACGCUUACAUUUCAGAUGAUGAUCUGAAAUCUAGACUCCGAAAGCAGUUCCUAGCCAUCAGCACCAUGUCAUUGCAAGGAUUGCCACCGCUGCCGAAGAGCCUCAGUGGCUUCGCGGACGGCGAGCCUUCGCCCGAGCCCACGCCUGCCGUGGAUGACAAACCCCCCACGAAUCUUGACUCGCAGCUCACUUACUUGAAGAAGGAAAUGGCUAACCUCCGGCAGCUGGACCUCUCCCUCCUCUCAGAGUUGUGGACCCUCAGCGAGACCAUGGCUUCCUGGCGCCGGCAGCUCGAGCGAGGACCCCGCCUCCGUCCCGCACCACCGCCUCCACCCCCGCCACACUACCUUAGAACUUAAAAAAAAUAUAUUCAUAAAGCCUGUAUUAAUAAACUGAUCUCAAGAUCUAUCUUGAUAUAAGCUCCUGAACUUCAGAUCGGUAUAUUAGUAUAUAUAACAAAAUUAAAUUAAUAUCGAUUCUAUUGUGCACAGUUCUAAAACUUUAACCUUUUGACCGCCACUGACAAAAAAACUACUUUCGUUCCCUGGACGCCAACCUAGUGAUGUGACAUGUUAUGAAUUUCCAAUAUAGGUGGAUAUUCAUAACAUGUCACUUCAAUUCUCCUAAGUUAAAGAAGAACAUAACUGAGCAUCAUACUAAACUAGAAUAUACAAAUAAUAGAUGGAAUAUCUUAGUAUUUAUUUAUUAAUUUCAAUUGCAAAUUGAUCGUUGACCCUUUAAGGCGUCUUUGGCGUAUCAGCCAAGUUAAUGUAAAACCCUUUAAAUUGUCCAUGGCGGUCAUAGGGUUAAUAAGAAUGCAUUUAAAAAAAGCGUCGUCUUAACUUGUUUAGGUUUAGAAAGAUUACCAAUAUGGGAAAUAAAAAUUAUUUCAAGAUUAAAAAAGUUUUAGAAACUGUGCGCAACUGGCCAUUGUAUAUACAAUAAGAAAAUGUCAGGAAGUAGGGGAAGAAACUGUCAAUAAUUUACUGGAUUUGAACUAGAUAUCGAUUGUUACUUAGACUACGAAUCGAUUCGGCCCGUCGAAAUCGAAACUUAUGUUUUUUUGGAACGUUUCAAAAGUUUGUUUCUUUAUUAUAUUAGAUUUCCUGUAUUAUCGUAAGGCAAAUAUAAGUAUUUAAAAAGCAAUAGAAAAUUUAUUACAUAAAUAGAUUACUAAAUAUUGAAAUUUCCUUAAUUUUUUCGGCAGCUCAAAAUUGCCAAUUUUAUAAUUUUUAUUAUAUGUGAUUAUUGUGAACAAAUCAGUUCUAAAAGCACUGUUUAUUUGUCGUGAGUUAGUCAAC